AUGAUUAUUGAAAAUGAAGAUAGUGAUUUGGAAAUUAUUUCAAAGUAUUUUAAAAAUGAAGCAGACGAAUUUGAAGUUUAUGAGGUAAUCUAAGAUUAUAAUUUAAAGGCAACAAGAUUUCUUAGCUAUCAUCAUAGACAAGAUGAAAUAUUAGAAUUAAUAUCAGAUCAUUAUUCAUAAUAUAAAGAAAAGAUAGACACAUUAAUGAAGUAAAAUAUAUUUAAUAUUUCAAGCAUAGAGGAAGAUUCUAUUCUAUUUGAUAUGACAAUUGAUUUAUGGAAUAAAUUUAAAUAAAAAUCAUUAUGUAUUAAAGAUGUUUUAAAAUAUUUGGAUAUAAAGACUCCUGUAUAAAAUUAUAUCACAAAUAUCCUAUUAAAACUAAUUAAGGUGGAAGUUGAGAAUAGAUUAUAGAUAGUUACUCUAUUAGAAAUAAAAAGAUAUAGAUAAGUCAUUGUUACAUUAUAAAAUUAAUAAGCAAUUGAAGAUCCUCCCUUGUAGCUUUUAGAUUUGUUAAUUUUAUUACCAAAUUAUUAAUAAUUUGAAAGAAGAUUUUAUGAAUAGACUCAAAUUUAUUAUAAAGAAUUCAUUUUAGAUACUAAUCCAUCAUAAUCUGUUUAGAUUGCAAAUAUCAUUUUUUAAGCUGAAAAAAAACUCUCCAGUAAAUUCUUAAAUGAAUUUUAAUUAAGACUUAAUGAAUUAUUAAAACAAUUAAUAUUCAAUCAAGUUAAUAUGAAUGAUUUAGAUUCAUUGUACUUCAAUACUGAGAUUAUGCUUCAUUAUGUAAAAUUUGCAUAAGAAAUAAAUGCACUACCUAAAUUACUAUCAGCACUGUAUUCUUUAUUAUGAUUUAUAGUCGAAAACAUAUUUAUAAAGAAGUAAUAUUUAUUUUACAACAACAACCAACAUCAGCUAUUGAAAAUAUGUUAAAUUUAGAAAAGACUUGUCAAACACUUUUUGAACAAUUACCAAUGGAACAUACUAAUGCAACUAUUAUAACUCAUGCUAUUGAAGUAAUUUAUUAUUAUUAAAAUUAAGGAUGCAGUAAAUGAAAAUUAUGAAAAAUAUUCUUUCACUCUUGCAUCUGUAAUCAAUCUUUAGAAUUAACAUUCUAUAAAGAAAUAUAAACAUUUAAUAAAAUAUUUAACAGAUAAAGAGAGUUUUCAAAAUUAUUAUGUUAAAUUUCUUAUCAAAAGACUUUUAAAAGAAUAUAAUUAAAAUGAAUUAGAAUUAUUGAAUGAAUUACAACCUUAUUGUAAUUCUGAAUGGAUUUCUGAAUGUUUAGAAUUCAUUAAAAAUUCAAAAGAAUCUCAGAAUCUCACUAAUUAAUUUUUACAAAAGCUUCGUUAAAAAAAGAGUCCAAUCUAAUUUCAUUUUCAUUUGAUUCCCAAAUCAAUUUGGCCUUAUCAAAUUGAGAAUUUAAUAUUACCAUCACCAUUAAAUUAAUUUGCAGAAAACUUUAUUAAGAAUUAAUCUGAGGAUCUAUUAUUUUAAAAAAAGAAAAUAAUAUUUCAAUCUAGACUAAGCAAACUUAAUUUAUUAGUCAAAAUUGAUCAUUAAUUUGAAUUAGAAUUACCAUUGGCUUAAGGAUUGGAAUUGCUUAGAUUUAAUGCUCAAAAAAGCAUUAAUCAAAUAAGCAACUAUAAAUAAUAUAAUGGACUUAUUGUUAGAUCUGAAAAUAACACUUUUAAAAUAAAUUAUCAAUAUAAAAAUACUAAUUAAGUAAUGAUAAUAAAUGAAGAAAUUUAAAUUGAGAUGGAAAAGAAUCAAUAAAUUAUUUCAGAUUAUUUAUAUGUUGUAGAUGCUGCUAUUGUUAAAAUAGUUAAAUAGAAUAAAAAGAUUAAUUCAGAAAACUUGAUUUAAGCUACUUUCGAUUUAAUAAAAAAGGAAUAUCCAAGAUUUAUUGAUUUAUGUGAAUAUGAUAUAAUAGAAAAAUAAAUUGUUAGUUUAUUAGAGAAGGAGAUGAUUAAAUAAAAAUUUGAUGAUUUUGAAUUAUUAUGA